ACUGUUUACAUCAACUUUGCGAAAACGUCAACGGUUUUUGUCACAACUGUAUACAUGGAAAGCAAGGUGUAUUUUGUGAUAAAGACUGUAACGUUACGUACUAUGGAGUCAACUGCUUACAGAGAUGUAGUCACAACUGUACUAACAGUCUGUGUGACAAUGUGAAUGGUGCUUGUAAAAGUUGUGUUGAUGGCAAACAGGGGAUGUUUUGUGAACAAAAAUGUAACGCCACGUACUAUGGAACCAACUGCUCACAGAGAUGUAGUCCCAACUGUCUAGACAGUCUGUGUGACAAUGUGAAUGGUGCUUGUAAAAGUUGUGUUGAUGGCAAACAGGGGACAUUUUGUGAACAAAACUGUAACGCCACGUACUAUGGAACCAACUGCUCACAGAAAUGUAGUCCCAACUGUCUAGACAGUCUGUGUGACGAUGUGAAUGGUGCUUGUAAAAGUUGUGUUGAUGGGAGGCAAGGGACAUUUUGUGAAGAAACAUGAGUCAGGUACCCAUCAGAGCUGGGUGGACUCAGGGAAGUCUUACAGACUUAACC